AUGGGAAAAUACUAUAUUUUUCUGCUGGCUGCUAUUUUCUGCUUAAUUGGUCGAAUAAACUCAUGCCCGGCCGAAUAUGGGGAGGACGAAGGCGAGGAUUUUGCGGCCCCUCUGGACUGCACCAAAUGCGUGGACCCGGUUGUUGCGCCGGGAAUAACGUACAAUUUUCGAUGGAAUAGAAAAGGGUGCAAAGUGGUGACGUUUCUGGGAUGUGAAACACAUUAUUACGAGAUCGAGGGCCUGAUUGGUGGGCUGGGCCCGCUACAUGCUUGCAGGUACAUUCCUGGAACUGGAUAUACCUGGUGGACGCCCGGACUGAACGCCACGCAAAAAGCACAGAUUCGUUAUAAAGAAAAAGGCCCUUUUCUCAGAACCGAGAAAAACGAAAAGGCCGUCUCGCCGGCCGAUGUUGAUCCUUAUGAAGACGACGGCUGGCUUCACCUCGCUCCUCGUGACGGGAUCGGUGCUACGGUACCACGGAGCCCCGACGACGGCAAGCCGUCCAUCGUCGAGUCGGAUUUUGGCGACGACGAUGACGACGACGACCACGAUCACCAUGAAGACAUAGUUCCUGGGGGCGCUGCAGAGCCGGUGAGGCUCUUCCCGGAUGAGUUCCCCGAGACCGAGACGAACAAGGAGAACGCCGAGGGCAGCAAGGAGGACACGGUGGCGCCCAGUGCGGUCCCCACGACUCCACCAAGCAAGCCGGCGGCAAAUGGCCUCAUGUGGGUGCUGAUCAUCGAUGGCAUCAUCAUUACGUUGGUGGCCGCCGGAGUGGCGUUUUUGGUCUGGUAUCACAGAAGAGUGCAACGGCGCGACAGUACCCUGGACAGUCUCCCGCCCGGCAUCUUCCCCGACGGCUACAUCCCCGAGUCGGCGACGCUGCCGGAUGGGGUGGUGAUGGUACCCGCGAAUACGCCGCUGCCCGGA